AUGGAUUCAAAUACAAAUGAAUAUGAACAAGAACUUUUAUCAUAUCCAGAAAAAUUAGUUGAAUAUCUUAGUGAACAUAUAGAAAUAAUUGAAAGAACACUUAAUGAUGAUGAAAAUUUUUGUAAUCAAGAUAUUAAUUCAACAUUAAAUUAUGUUGAAAUUAUAGAAAAAAAAUUUAAUGAAAAAAUUCAAACAUUAAAAAAACAAUUAGAACAAAUACGUUUAGAAAAUAAAGAUCUAUCAGAAAAAAAUAAAAAACAAUUUCAAGAAAAAUUUACUGAAAUUAAUGAUUUAUUUAUUGCUCAAAAUUAUGUACAAGCUUUAAAUAAAUUUAAAGAUUGUGAAAAACAAUUUCAACAACGAUCAACAUUAAUUCAACAUGUACCAAAAUUAUAUAUAAAAGAAUCAGACAUUGAUGAAUUUUUUUCAUCUAAUCAUAAAACUAAUAUAUCUUCAAUACAAUCAACUAUUAAAACUCCAAUAACAACAUUAAUAACAGAUCAUGAUAUUGAAAUAACUUAUAAAGAACGUUCACGUCAAGAAAAAAUUGUUGAAAACGAUAAUUUUAAUAAAAAUGAUGAAGAUUUUGAAGAUAUUAAUAAAGAAAAAAAAGAAGAUUAUGAUAAAUCUAGUUUUGGUAUUCGAUCAAAACGUCAAGAAAAUCCACCACCAACAAUUAAUAAUAAUAAUAAUUCUAUAAAAAAUGAUAACAAACCUUCGAUAACAACUGCUACUGGCUUUCGACCAUUCCGUUUUAGUACAAGAUUAAAUCAAAUCUCAAACGACAAUAAUCUACUAUUUUCUGGUCGUAAUAUUUCCGUUUCUUCAUCAAUACAGAAUAGUGACACACAUUCUCGUAAUAAUCAUCGACAAGCUGUAACUACACCAAGUCCACCUGUAUCAAUUCAACGGCAUACAAUAUCUAUUUCAAAUGAUGAAGAUGAACGUUUGAUUUUAAAUCCUGUUUCACAUUAUCAACAUGAACGAAAUAUAUUUCUUUUAAUAGCAUGUGAUAGUCAAUAUAUAGUUUGUUUUAAAAGUCCACCUAAUCGAUUAGAUCGAUGGAAAUUAGGUACUAUUGAACGUCGUACUCAUAGAGAAUAUAUUCUCAAUUGGCAUGAUGGUCUUAUUAUAUCUAUGGGUUCAAUUACAAAUAGUAUUAUUUAUAUAUUUACAGAACGUGAAUUUUUUAUUUAUUCACUUGAAAAACGUUGUAAACUUGAUUCACGUAUGUUACCACGUGGUGAUGAUGAUGAAUUAGAAAUAAAUUAUCCACAAUAUAAUGAAUCUCAACGUGGUAUUGGUACUGUAUAUGAUAAAUAUAUGUAUCAUAUUUAUUUAAAUCGUAAAAGUCAUUGGACAUUAUCACAAAAUAUUCUUGAAAAUUUAAGUCAUGUGCAGAAUUAUGAUUUAACAGAUAUAUUUCCUAAUGUAUUACGUUUUAUACAUAUAUGUAUUAAUGAAAAUACAAUAAAUUUUCUUGUUCAAAUGAAUGAUUCAUCAUAUGGUGUUGUAUUUUAUUCAAUAAAUAAUUCUAAAAAAAAUGAUAAAUUAUCAUUAAUUAAAUUUCCUCGUGCUCAAAAACCAUUAACAAUUUGUUCAGCAUUUAUUGAAUCAUUAAAUCAAUAUAUUUUUUUUAUUAAUGAUCCAUCAAUUGAUACAUUACAUAUAAUAAGUACAGAAAAAUAUUUAGAAAAUUAUUCAGUUGAUUGUUAUGCUAUUUGUUAUGUAGCUAAUAAACAUGAAUUAAUAAUUGUAACAAAUACUUCUAUAUCUUCGAUAAAUUUACAUAAAUCAAAUUUAUUUUUUUCAAAAUUUUUCUAA